AUGGUAAUAGCUAUAGGGUUUGAAGGCAGUGCCAAUAAAUUGGGAAUAGGGAUAGUAAGAGAUAGCGAAAUACUUGCCAACGUGAGACGAACGUACAUUACACCGCCUGGAGAAGGAUUUCUUCCAAGAGAAACAGCUGAACAUCACCAGGAAAAUAUUCAUGCAGUACUGAAAGAAGCUUUGGAAGCUUCUGGAAUAACUCCGAAUGAUAUUGAUGUGGUCUGUUACACAAAGGGUCCAGGCAUGGGGGCGCCAUUGAUGGUAUGUGCUGUAGUUGCAAGAACAUGUGCUAAACUAUGGAAGAAACCCAUUCUUGGAGUUAAUCAUUGUAUUGGCCAUAUAGAAAUGGGUCGUCUAAUAACAAAAGCACAUAACCCUGCUGUUUUAUAUGUGAGUGGAGGCAACACGCAAAUCAUAGCAUACUCAAGACAGAGGUACAGGAUAUUUGGUGAAACUAUUGAUAUAGCCGUUGGAAAUUGCUUAGAUCGGUUUGCUAGAGUAUUGAAACUAUCAAAUGCUCCGAGCCCCGGAUACAAUAUUGAACAACUAGCAAAGAAAGGAAAGAAAUACUUACACCUACCAUACUGUGUGAAAGGUAUGGAUGUUAGUUUCUCUGGUAUAUUGUCAUACAUGGAGGAUAAAAUUGAUGAUUUAUUAAAAGAAUACACACCAGAAGACCUUUGCUAUUCAUUACAAGAAACUGUGUUUGCAAUGUUGGUGGAAAUAACUGAGAGGGCCAUGGCUCACUGUGGAUCUGAAGAGGUUCUUCUUGUCGGUGGAGUGGGAUGCAAUGAACGGCUUCAAGAUAUGAUGGAAAUCAUGUGUAAGGAAAGAGGAGCGAAAAUAUUUGCUACGGAUGAAAGAUUUUGUAUCGACAACGGUGUGAUGAUAGCUUACGCUGGGUCACUCGCAUUCAACAGCGGAGCAAGGAUGGAGUUCAAAGAUACCACAAUAACACAGAGAUAUAGAACCGAUGAUGUAUUAGUGACUUGGAGAGAUGAUUAA